GAGUGAACCCAAAGCUGAGGCCGCUCACUUCGCCUUUUACGCACAGGCUUUCGGGGGAAACGCUCCACAGUUUACCAACAUGAUUAAGAAAAUGUCACCCUCGGAGAACGAGUUUGAUAUCCCGGCAAAGAACUGCUACCGGAUGGUGAUUUUGGGAUCCACCAAAGUUGGGAAAACUGCCAUCGUGUCCCGGUUCUUGAACGGGAGGUUCGACGAGCAGUACACGCCGACCAUCGAGGACUUUCACAGGAAACUGUACAGCAUCAAAGGAGACGUUUACCAGCUGGACAUACUGGAUACUUCAGGGAACCACCCGUUCCCCGCCAUGAGGAGACUAUCCAUACUGACAGAAGCAUCCUUCUCUCCCCCAGGUGAUGUGUUCAUCCUCGUCUUCAGUUUGGACAACCGAGACUCCUUCCAGGAGGUGCAGCGGCUCAAGCGGCAGAUCUUCGAGACCAAGUCGUGCCUGAAAAACAAGACCAAAGAGAACAUCGACGUGCCGCUGGUCAUCUGCGGGAACAAGGGCGACCGGGAGUUUUACCGGGAGGUGCAGCCGGAGGAGAUCGAGCAGCUGGUGGCCGGGGACGAGAAGUGCGCGUACUUCGAGAUCUCCGCCAAGCGCAACGAGAACGUGGAUAAGAUGUUUCAGACUCUGUUCACCCUGGCCAAACUACCUCACGAAAUGAGCCCCGACCUUCACCGGAAAGUCUCCGUGCAGUAUUGCGACAUGCUGCACAGAAAGUCCAUGAAAAACAAGAAGCUGAAGGACGUGGGGGAAGCCUACGGGAUCGUGGCUCCUUUCGCCCGCCGCCCCAGCGUCCACAGCGACUUGAUGUACAUUAAGGAGAAGGCGAUCGGAGGCGGGCAGGGCAAAGAUAAAGAGAGGUGUGUGAUCAGUUAAACGGACUGCGGGGUUCAGACCCGAGACACAUCUUUGACACGGAGAAGAGCCCGAGGCUUCGGCUUGACCGGCGCUCUGUGCGGCUGCCGCGCUCAAACUGAUGGACGCUGGAGAUGCGGAGACGCCGGGGCCGCCGCGCGCUCUGGCGCAGCGCAUGUUGCCAUGGACACUGGACACCGCAGUGCACUAAACGCGCAAAACUUUUUGCUCACGAGACAUUUGAGAAUGUUGCUUGUUCUGUCAAAUCAGAGCCUAAUGUGUGACGUGGCUUCAAACCCUGUGAGAACCGCACAUCAAUGCGUAAAAAAUGUGUUGUGUAGACGUCAUGCCUUUCACUGAUCCUGGAGGGGAGAGGAAAAAUACUCUGGGCUCAGAAGUUGCAAUGUUGGGGAAAAGAAAAAGUUGUUUACAUUUUGUUAUAGAUUUUAUAACGGCUAAUUACACUUGAAUGUUUCGUUGCAAUCUGAACAAUUUUUUAUUGUGAAUGUAUAUUUAUU